AUGUCGUUGGAAAAGAAGCUUACGCAGGUGGCGCUGAAUCCGGCCUACCAUGACUUUUUCACGGUGGUCAAGGGUUUCCGCAAUGGCAUCGUGUACGGCGCCAAGAUUCGGUUCCCACACGCGCUGGUGAUGACGUUCCUCUUUGGCCGCGGCACCCCGCGCGAGAAGCUGGCCUUCAUCCUGCGCGCUACCAAGUCGCACGCACUCAACCUUGGCACAUUUACGCCGCUGUACAAGUUCCUCACCAUCGCGCUGCGACGCAUCUACGAGGCUACCGGCGGCAAAGGCGCCGUCCCCCAGUGGCACAGUCUUGUGGCGGGUCUUAUCGGAGGCUACUACGUGUUUGGCGAACGAACACCCGUCAACGAGCAGAUUGUGCUGUAUACGUCGUCUCGAAUCAUUGCAUCGUUCCUGCCCCGUGCGCAGACGCCAGCGGACUGGCCGGCAGGAAAGCCCAAACCGACCGACAAGUCGUGGUUCGCCGCAUACGCCACCAUCACCUGGGGUGUCGUCAUGUGGCUCCACGAAUACCGACGCCAAACCAUCCAGACCGGCAUGGUCAACAGCAUGGACUAUCUCUAUCACAACGCAGGCAAGUGGGACAGCAUUGUCGAUCCUGCAGGCGCUGAUCAGAGUCGGACGAUCUGCUCUCUCGGCCGAUGGGGGUCGUGCGAGAUCGACGCAUGGUUCAAGGCGUCGCUAGGCGAGACUGCAACUACAGCACGCGAUGAUGUGCUGGCAACCACACAAAUUCGCCGCAAGCAUAGACACCGACACGCCCACCUCGCGUCCACAGUCGGCCUGUUCGGGUCAUGUCGAAGAGGCGCUCGUGUCGGAAUGAAGGCUGAUUCCCGCUCAAAGGCUGAGUGUCGAUCUGGAGCGGGCCAAGUUGUUGCAACCAAGCUGGCUGAUCGACACGGUGCAGAACGUGUCACCGCCGCAAAGUGGAAGAGAAAGAGCUCGGUUGAGCAAGGUGAAAAAAAAACGCCGGCAGCCGAGUGCGAGGAGCGAGGAGGGAGCAAGGAAGCAAGCCAGAGGGCAGGGGUGGACGAGCAGCACCCCGAAAAUAACACGCCGCAUGGCCCACCUCCCACUCCUGCAGCGAUGUGCAGCGCGGUGCCCAAAUGCACAGGGAGGGUCCGCCGAGUCUUUGUCUCGGACUGCAGAGAGAGCAACAACAAAGGGCCCCAAAGGGCGCAGAACAAGAGAAGGCUUCUUUUGGCUGCCUCGACUGGGUUCAAGCUCCGAGUCGGGUUGGCCGGCUUCGAAGACAGCCAAGGCACAGCGACGCGCAGACGCGUCCGAGGCAUUCGCAAAAAGCUCGGCGGGCGGCGCGGCGCAGGUGCAGCUGGCAUUCCGCGAGCCGCUGGCCAAGACGAGGCUCGGCUGACCCGGCUCAAUCCAUCCAUCCAUCGCUUCAUCGACACCACCGCGAUCACCAUGUCAGCCAUCAACCAGAACGCACCGCGUAUGCGCCGCCACAAGCGCCGCAUCCUCGACGACGGCUCCGAGCUCGCUCACGCCGUCCGAGCCUUUGUCGACGACCAAGUCGAUGACAACGCCCUCUUCGCCCGUCAGGCAGACGGCGCCAACGGCAUCGGCCCCGGCAGAGGCGCCAACGCUCCCCCCAUGGGCCCUGGCUUCGGCGGUUCCGGCGACGACAGCACCUCGUCCACCGACAGCAGCAACGCCACCCCAACUACCACGCGUGGAUCUAACGGCAACGGCAACGGAAACAGCCGUCCCACACCUACCGCCACAUCCACCUCGCUCAGCCGAAACCUCUUCCCCACCACCACCUCGUCUUCCUCUUCAUCCAACUUCCUCGACGGCAUCCUCGGCGGCUUGCUCGACUCGUCGUCUUCCACCACCUCCUCCUCGUCAUCCACCUCGACCUCCUCCAGCACAAGAUCCACAUCCACGUCUUCCUCCACCAGAUCCACAUCCUCCUCCAGCUCCACUUCUUCGGUUAGUGUCCAUUCUGACAGCCAGACAGCCACACAGCAGCAGCAGCAACCACAGACCACCUCGGAAAGCAACGACGACGACACCUCGACGCGCAUCGACUUUUCUUCGGUUGGUCUUCCUACAUUUGUUGUCCCAGAUCAUAUGUCCUCUAGCUUCCUUUCCUCGACCUCGCUCGUGCCGAUCACCGCCACCGCAGUGGUCACCUCGACGCCGACGGCGAGCAUCGCUUCGGCCACCGCAUCCGCAUCGCCCAAGUCGUCCUCGUCGUCGGCCGGCCCAAUCAUCGGCAUCGUCGCCGGUGCGCUCGUGGGCGUCGUCGUGCUCUCGGGUCUGGUCGGCUUCCUCUUCAAGAAGUACAAGUCGAAGGAGGACCCGUACGAGGCCAACCCCUUUGACCGCGACGCCUUCCAGCGCCACUCGGCCAUGAUCCCGGACCACUUUGACUCGGACGACGGCCACGCCGGCGCCGGCGGCAUGUCGCCCGAAAUGUCAGAGCACUACCAGUACAACAACUACGCGCCCCAGUACGAGUCGGGCAUCAGCGCCGGCGCGGCGGGUGCCAUGGGUGCCAUGGCCGCGCACAACGAGGGCGGCCCGCGCCCACCCACCAUGUUCGCCAAGCAUGCCGCGGGCGUGCAGCAGAACGCGCCGCAGGUGGGCGGCUACUACAAGGACGGCGACUUUGCCAACCAGAUGCCCGCCAUGCCGCCGCACUCGGACUACCAUGCGCCGCCCACUGCGGCGUUUGCCAACCACCACGCCGCUGAGCACUACCUCGAGGAGCCUGGAUUCGGACAGCAGCGCAGCGUGUCGCCUGCGCCGCAGCUGCCGCCCCUGGCGGCGUUUGGCGGCGACCCGUACUCGAUCGCCGGUGUGGGACGCGGUCAGCAGCAGAACGUGGCGAACCCGUAUGCGCACCUCGACCGCUCGCACGCCGGCAUGGGCGGCUUUGUGCCCGGCGCCGUCGUCCCCGGCCACGCUGGCUCGGCCUCCGUGUCGUCCGGUGGCGACUCGGCGGACCGCCACGCGUCGAUCAGCGCCGCCGAGGCGCUCGCUGCUGGUCUGGCGCACCAGUCGUCGCUCAACCGCGCGGCGAGCCCGCACCACGCCGCCAGCCACGACACGGCCGGUCGACCCAGCACCUCCGAGGGCCGCUCCGGCACACCGGACAUUCCCAACGUGCAGCAGACGUACGCUCUGCCCGGCGACGUCGCUGGUGCCGCUGGAUCGCACCGCAUCAGCGCAGGCUCGCAGGACAUGCUCUCGAACGCCGCCACCUCGCCCGUGGGCGCCAUGAGGAACCCCUUUGACAACCCCGCCCCGCACCACGCGCCCCAGCACCACUACACCGACCCGAGCCAGCAGCUCCAGGUGCGCAACCUCGUCCCAGCCAACGCUGGCCUCUCUGCUGGCCAGAGACCCGUCUCGACCGCAAGCUCGUUUGCCGACCCCGAAGAUGCCUAUGGCGGCGUCUACUGA